AUGAUUGUCAUUCCAAACACCUGGUUUGACGAAAAGGUCCAAGAAGAGGCAGCGACCACAGAGCAGACUGCUGCGCUUAAAGCUUACCUCGAGGAUGAUAUAGAAGCUGAGGAAGCGGGAAUACUUCUUACUGCAGAUGUGCACCAAGCAACCCUUGCUGACACAACCUCGGCCGAGGAAAUAAACGAAGAGCUAUGCAAGCUCUGGGGAUUUUUCAUUGACGUCAUCGCGGACUGGCCUUCGGAGCACAUCAAGGUUGCUAAUCUUUUAGAUGCCAUUAGCAAGCUUCCGCAUGUCGACCGCACCGGAAGAGACAGCUUGGACAGGUUCAUGGAUGCGACUGGGACAGUCAGAGCCUCUGAGCUGUGGCAGGAUCUCCCUAGAUUCUGGAAUUCGUUUAGCGAUUUCUGGCAUUCCUCAGCUGGUUGGCCAUAUAGCCGACCUGAAUCCAGCGUGGAAAAAGCUGCUAACAAUGAAUGGACCAACCUCAACUCAUUCGCCGCGAUAGUCUUUAUGGGCGGUCCGUUUGCGGAUAUGACGCUUUUGGGAGACUGGGGCUGCUAUGUUAUUAAGAAGGCGACGGCGUCGGACUACGAGCCGAUAGGAGUGCAUAUUCCCUCGGCAGCUGUUCAUGCGGAUGCAUCGAAUUUUGCCGAGGGCGUGACAAAAGAGCAGGCUUACACGCAAGUCCUCUUACAGGCUGAAGGUCUCUUUGACGGCCAAAGAAACUGGGUAUGCAAUCUUGCCAACGCAGCAUCCCUCUUAUGGCACGCUUAUAAAUCGUUGCCUCACCCAAGCAACCAGGUGAACUGGGCAGGCUUCUAUACCCUCGAUCCGCAGGCGACUACAUCAAAACGCCAGCUCGUCUUAGGGCCGUUCCAGGGCAAAGUCGCCUGCCAAUCCAUCGCCUUCGGUAAAGGGGUAUGCGGGACCGCCGCAGAAACCCAGAUAACACAGCUGGUUCCCGACGUCGAGAAGUUCCCGGGACACAUCGCCUGCGACGGGGAUAGCAAGAGUGAGAUCGUGGUGCCUAUUGUCGUCGGAGGCGGAGAAGCGAAGAAGUUGGUGGCUAUCAUAGACGUCGACUGUGCGGACUUCAACGGAUUCGACGACGUGGAUAAGAAGUACUUGGAGCAGUUGGCAGAACUGUUGGGGGGGAGUUCUGAUUGGUGA